AUGGCUACAGAACUUCUGCAUGAAGAAGACUACAUUUCUGGAGCUCUGUACACCAGAGUCCUCCCCGCGGCUCUCCUGGAGUCCUGGCUUCCCGUCUCCAUCGGGGGGAAGGAAUCACCUCCCUGGCGUUCUCCCCCUUGCUCCGGCUCGGGGAAGUCCUUUAAGCUCCUAGGAAUCCUUGAUGUCCAAAAUAUUCCCUGUGCACGAGAGUCAGUACUCUAUGGUUCAUUGGGUUCUCUAGUUGCAGGCCUUGGACACUUUUUAGCUACCAGUAGAGUUAGAAGAUCUUUUCACUUUGGAAUGGGAGGUUUUGUUUUGACAACCUUAGGAUGCUGGGUCUAUUGCAGAUACAAUCAUGCAAAACUAAGGAUUCAGCAAAGAAUUAUUCAAGAAGGGAUGAGAAACAAGAUUUUAUAUGAAAGUAGUGAUUUUGAUCCAGAAAGUAAACAAAAUAAAAGCCAAGGAAGCCAUUCUUAGCUUAUUGAAGAGCAACCUAAUGAUCAGAUGCAACCUGUGGCAUCUUAAAAUGGAAUUGGAAGUGCAAAAGCAAGCACAGAAUGAGAACAAAACUGAUAACCUACCUGUUGUUUUGCUACUGGACUCAAACUACUCAGUCUGUUAAAGAAGGCCCUAUCAAAUGUUAGGAUUGUGUAUAUAUCUAAACAUUGUGUACAUUUAUAUACGAAUCAGGGAUGGCUGCUUGGUCUCUAACUUCUUGUCUUUUUUGGGGGGGAAUAAAAAGAUUAAUGUCAUUGCUGAGGAUUAAUAAAGUUUCAGAAUUGUUUAGACCAAUGGUGUAUAGCUCUGCUAAAAUGACUGGAGAUUUUGUAUUUUACAUUGAAAGAGAAAUAAUCCAGGCUAUAAUUGUUUCCCCAUAUCUAAACAAGACCUUUAUAAAUAAUAACAUUAAAUGCAGUUUAGUCUCUAUGCAGCUUCAUGUUA